AAGAAUCAGAUGAACACUUAUAUAAUUUCUCUCAAGAAGAAUCAGAUGAAUACUUAUAUAAUAAUUUUUUUCAAGAAUCAGAUGAAUUAUAUAAUAAUUCUUCAGAUACUUCAGCAAAUUUUAAAAAUAUUGCUGAUGAAGCUAAUAAUUCAUUUGAAGGAUAUAAUAGCGAUUAUG